AUGAAGAAGAAUGUAUUUUGUCAUACAUGCAUUGGAAAACAGCCAAACGAUCCAUGGUCGUUGCAAGACGCCUUAGAAUAUGAAUCCCGUUUAUGGCUUGAACAGAAACAACACCGAACAUGGAGUCUUUAUGCCAUAAAGGAUUGUUUAGCAGUUGAACUACUCAUGAAAGCCAAGGCAAAUCAUUCCAAACCACACCCAAUACAGCCAUCAGUUCAAGUCCCUUGUGAGCCACCAUCAGAAGAAGAGUCCGAUAUCGAGGCAGCUGCACGAUUUACACCUAUUCUUCCCGUUAACCGUUUUUCAACACCAACAAUUGUUCCUCUUGUAUCACCUCCAAUCUCACCGUCCGUACCAUCACAAAUUCAACCUCAGCAGCAACCACCGUCACAAUAA